UUUUUAACAGUUUUUGGUAAGGCUGUUAAGGUACAUGCUUAUAUCAAUCAAAGGGCAUUGUUGUUGAAUAUGAUGAGGAGAUACACAAAGCAAAGAAAUUUGGUAAAACCCGCCAAGACAAGAUUCGCAACAGCUUUUUUGACUUUGUAUAGUUUUUAUAUGCAAAAGAAAAAAUUGAAAACCUUGUGUAUGUCAACUGAAUGGAAUGAGAGUAUCUAUUCAAAGGAAACUCUUGGUAAAGAAGUUGCGAGACACAUCAUUAGUCCAUUUUUUUGGAAUGACGUUGUUCAAGCACUUAGAGUUGGUGGUCCUUUAAUUCAUGUACUUCGUAUGGUGGAUGGGGAGAAAAAACCACCAAUGGGUUACAUUUAUGAAGCCAUGGACAGGGCCAAAGAAAGUAUUGAAAAGGCAUUCAAUUAUGAUACAAGGAAAUAUAAGAGUGUUUUUGAAAUCAUUGAUGCAAGGUGGACAGAUCAACUUCAUCAACCUUUGCAUGCAGCGGGACACAUUUUGAACCCAGGGCUCUAUUAUAAAAAUAAUGACAUGAAGACUUUAACUGAAGAUGUGUGGCAGGGAUAUCAUAAAUGUGUUGAGAGGAUGAUCCCAGAUAAAAAUUUGCAAGACAAAAUAGGGGAGGAGCUUGGUGUGUACAUGAAAGCGGAUGGCCUACUUGGAAUUGAAUCAGCCAUUAGAGCUAGAACCUUAAGGUCACCAGGUGAGAAUUUCAUCUUUUAAUUGUGUUUAAAGCUUCAACUUUUAAGUUAUUACACAUCUUUUAAAAUAACUCUUCUACAGUUGAAUGGUGGAUGCAAUAUGGUCAUAAUGUCCCAAACUUGCAACAGUUUGCUAUUAGAGUGCAAAGUUUAACUUGUAGCGCAUCCGGUUGUGAGAGAAAUUGGAGCGUGUAUGAACAUAUUCAUAGUAAAAAGAGAAAUAGGCUUGAGUUGACACGCCUCAAUGAUCUAGUGUUCAUCAAAUAUAAUAGAACAUUGGCGCGUCGUUACAAUGCUCGUAAUACCAUUGAUCCAAUUUUGUUGGAUAGUAUUGAUGAGGCAAAUGAAUGGUUAACCGGAGCACCCCAAGAUCACCAAGAUGAAGAAGUGUAUGAAGGAGAAAGUCUCACUUAUGGUGAUGUUUCUAUGGCAAGUGGUGUUGAGGAGAAUAUUUAUAGUUUUAGGAGGAGUACUUUAAGGGGCAAUGAAAGAGGAGCUAGAGGUUCCAGUUCAAGUCGAAACCUUGUUGAUGAGCCUUCUGAUGAUGAAGAAGAUGAUGACCAAGUAGAACCCUUGGUUAUGGCACUUGAAGAGUUUGAGGAUCUUGUUGAAGAAUAGGAGUUUGAUUCUUUUGUGAUUUAAUUAUGUUUUUGAUUUUUUGCUUUAUAUGUUAUGACUUAUGAGUAUUAUUGACUAUCUAUUUACUUUUAAUCUAAGAAUAUAUUACCUCUAUUCAGUUAUUUAAUAUUUUUUUAUUUUUAUACUAAAUAUCGCUUUACUUAAAAAAAGCGCGCGCUUCGCUUCUCGCUUCUGUGAAGCGAGCCCUCGUCGCUUUUUUCCGCUUCUCGCUUCCCAAAACACUGCCUCUAACAUGGAAGUCCCAAGCCCAAACCAUUAGGCCACCCCGAAGGGUAUGAUCGGUGUUUUGAAGAUCAAGGAAACUCUAUUCAGAAAAUCAAGAUGAACUGUUUACUUUUGUUUCAUUAUUGGUGUAAACAAGGUGUUGUAAAUGGAAAAGGACAGAAACUGCCCCUGCUCUAUUGGAUUUGGUUUAAAACCCCUACCAUACUCUGAUGGUUCAAACUCCUAAACAAUUAACAAGGUCCAAAUAUUGCCCAACGCACUAACAGCAAAAACCGAGUCGGGGUAUUUGAACCUUUUUAAUUGCUUAGGGGUAAUAUUUGAACCAUUUGAAUUGUUCAGGGGCAUGUUUAAAAUUAUUUCAUUUGCUGCUAAAUUUGAAUAUCUCAUCCACUUGGCAUAAGACACAACUGAAGAAAAAUAUUAAGAAGUAUAGGCUAAAGUAGAGAGAAGUAUUGAAAACAUCCCUAAACUAGGCGCAAAUUAUUAGUUUCAUCCUUAAACUAUUCAUAGCCUUAAAAACACCCCUUUACUUGACUAACUGAACUUAAAAACACCCUCGAUCUUGCAACAUCAGUGAAAUACACCCCUAAAUUCUCAUCAAAUUUAGGGGUGUUUUUAACACUUCUCUCGACUUUUUAUUAUUAGCCCAUACUCCUACAAGAAUUUGAGAUCACUGAUCGGGGUGUAUCUAAGUUUAGUUAGUCAAGUAGAGGGGGUGUUUUUAAGGCUGUCAAUAGUUCAGUGACGAAACUAACAAUUGGCGCCAAGUUCAGGGGUAUUUUCAAUACUUUUCUUGCUAAAAAAAUAAUAUUAGCAUAUCAUGUUUCUCUAAAAGAAUUCUCCAAUAAGAUUAUAGUAGUAAGAUCCGGAUAAAAUAAAGUUUCACGGAAUCGGGAGUGGGUGUCCAGUUAGAGGGUGGAUCUAGAGGUCGGAUCUUUCAUGAUCAAACUAAAGAUUCGGGGGUAUGGAUACAUGUAUGGAAAUGGGUGCAGAGAUUCAGCUAAAAAUAAUUUAGAUAUCUAAUAAGAGAGGCAUUAGUCGACCUAACUCUAGAGGUCGAAAAUAAAUUAUCCAUAGAAGAGAGAGUUGAUGAUACAAGGGCUUGUGAAUCGCAAGAAGCUGAAAGGGAUUUACAAAUCCAACUGAUAAUCAACGCAGAGCCUGUGAAUAUUCAAUCACCCAACACCCAAGAAGUAGUGGAAACAGAAGCUUCAAAUUGGGUUAACUCCCAUAUCUUAGAGCUGAGCAACACCUACGGGGUAGCUUUUGUAGGUUCCGAGAAAGAAACACUAGCUCUUCUUAUGAGAAUUGAUGAAAGGAAAGCUGCUUUAGAUUUUUAAAAAAAGGCUAAGAGAAGACAACUACAACUCCAAAAAGUAGAGGAAUUGGCAAGAAUGAGUUAAGAAAUCUAAAAUCAAACUUGAAUGAAGUGGUAGAAGGGGCCAGGAACAGUGGGAGAAAUUUAUCUUUGACUUAUAAAUGAAAGUCAAAUUAAUCACUUGGAAUGUGAGGGGGCUCAAUAGACAGAGUAGCAGAGUACUGAUCAAAAGUUUAUUUCAGAAAUGGAAGGCAAACAUAUAUUGCUUGCAAGAAACAAAAGUACAUACGGGAGUAGAAGACUUAGCCAAACAGCUUUGGUCAUGCAGAUGGAUGAAAUGUGGGUAUAUGGAGGCAGAAGGUAGCAAAGGGGGGAAUCUUAAUCAUGUGGGACAGUAGGAACUAGGGGGGGGCUCAAGUCGAGAUGGGUCAACAUUUCAUGGUCCACAUACCAGAGAAGAGAAAUUGGCUUGCUGGGAAGAGAUAUUUGCAGUUAAAGAAUUAUGUGGGGGACAUGGGGUGGCAUGUGGUGAUUUCAACACAAUCAGAAGUAUGGGGUAAAGAAGAGGGUGCAAUAGAAUCACUAAUGUAAUGACUGAUUUUACAAGUUGGAUCGAAGAAAUGGAACUGCAUGAUCCUCACAUGAGUGGAGGAAAAUUCACAUGGUUCAAGGGAGUCAAUCAUCCUAGUGCGGCCAGACUCGAUAAAUUCUUGUUCUCUAUGGAGUGGGAGGAGAGCUUUAAGAACAUUACACAAAAGCUAAUGACUUGAGCAAUGUCUGAUCACUGACGAGACUGGGAACAUAAAAGAUCAAACUUUAAGUUUGAAAAUUGGUGGUUAAAAGUGGAGGGGUUCAAGGAAUUGGUACAUUCAUGGUGGAAUGAGUUCACUGUGGAAGGAUGUCCAGAUUACAAGCUAAAUGUUACACUUAGAAGGCGGAAUGACCUGAGAGACCCCCGUACUUGUAUUUGUUUGUCAGUUGAACCCUUAUACUCGUUACUUUGCCAAAUGAACCCUUAAACAUGAUGAAACUCUAUUUUUUAAACCCCUCUGACCAUUGAUCGAGCUUAUGUAGCAUUAAAAUGGUUUUGGAUAAACGCGUGAUCACACGCAUUUUGAAGCAAGUGAAUACAAUUUUUUUAUUUUAAAAAUCUCAAAAUUAUAAGACAAAACAAUAAUAAUAAAUUU